AGCGAACGACUGACAGCUUUAGGUCUUAUACCAGGUGACGGAAUUGGCAAAGAAGUCAUUCCGGCUGGACGUCGUGUUCUCGAAGCUCUCCCGGCACACCUCGGGCUAAAAUUUGAAUUUGUCGACCUGAAAGCUGGGUUUGAGGAGUUUCAAAAGACUGGUAUUGCUCUACCAGACGAGACGGUCAGAAUUCUUCGUGAGGAAUGCCAAGGUGCAGUCUUUGGCGCAGUUUCCUCGCCAUCAACUGCCGUAAGAGGCUACUCUUCACCUAUUGUUGCUCUCCGCAAAAAAUUAGAUCUUUACGCCAAUGUCCGACCAGUCAAGACAGUGAGAACGGCCCGAAAUCCCAUAGAUCUAGUGAUUGUUCGAGAAAAUACUGAAGAUCUAUAUGUCAAAGAAGAGAGAACUUUUCAAGCAGCAGACGGAAGCAAAGUUGCAGAAGCCAUCAAGAGAAUAUCAGAGAAUGCUACUUCUCGGAUAGCGAAAAUGGCUGGGGAAAUUGCUCUACAGCGAGCAAAAGCUAGAGCUACUGGGGGAACAAGUAUACACAAGGCAGCUCAAGUCACCAUUACCCACAAAUCCAAUGUUCUCAGUCAGACAGAUGGACUAUUCAGAGAGAUUUCGAGAGGUGUGCUUACCAGCCCAUGGUUUUCUGAGAUUCAGGUGACAGAGCAAAUUGUUGAUUCUAUGGUUUACAAACUCUUCCGUCAACCAGAAGCCUAUGAUGUUAUCGUCGCACCUAAUCUUUACGGAGACAUUCUGUCGGAUGGAGCAGCAGCCUUAGUAGGGUCACUAGGCCUUGUUCCAAGUGCUAACGUUGGUCAAGACUUUGUCAUUGGUGAGCCCUGCCAUGGAAGUGCACCGGAUAUAAUGGGAAAAAAUAUUGCCAGCCCAAUUGCCACCCUUCGAAGCGUGGCCCUGAUGCUUGAAUUCUUGAAGGAAGAAGCUGCAGCAGCAAAGAUCUAUGCAGCCGUUGACGGAAACUUGGAGGACGGAAAGUAUCUAAGUCCAGAUCUAGGGGGUUCGGCUACAACAUCCGAGGUAGUAGAAGAUGUAUUAAAACGGCUGUAG